GGACAUUUCGCUGACCUUUCUUCGUGUCGAGGAUACAAUCCCUCAAACCAUCCCCACAACAUUACCUACCACGCCAUGCCGUCUCUCAGCACCACACUCCCAUCCCCCAUACCCGACGCCCCCGCUCUUCCACCUGCAGACGCGCCAGCCUCCACAUACCCCCCGACCGGCCCAGCGGUAGCGAGGAGACGUUCUUCCAGUAUCAAACACCCCCACCCCCAUGCGCACCCUCACCUUGUCGUGGGGCAAGCUGCGGUGUCGUAUCCGCCACCGCCUAGAAAACCUCUGACGCCCACGGGAUAUGUACCAGCGUUUGAGAGCGACGAUGAGAUGUUUAAAGAGCGGUAUAUCGCUUUACAAUUAUUGAUUAACGAACUUGAGGAUGAGAACAACCUGAUUGCGUAUCGGAUUGCGAAAGAAGAAAGCCGAAUGCGCCAGCUUGGCCUUCCUCUCCCCAAUUACGCCUUUUCUGGACCGCCGAACCCUCCGCCUGUACCAGAAGUCGUUACUCAAGGAGCGCUGCCUGCCGAACCUCAUUCUGCUGAAGAUGUCCCAAGAGGAAGGGAGGGAGAGAUAUCGGCUAGGGGCACGGCGAGUAAUGGUGUCUCUGGAAUGGAGAGGGAAGAACCGCGAGGGGUGCUUCCGGAGAGCAGGCGAGUGGUUAGUGAGAGAGAGUUUGUGGAAGGGUCUGUACCGAGACACGAGCAGCCUUUCGACCAGCCAAACGGGACAAAGAGACGACGCGAAAGCGGGGAUAUAGACCCUCGGUCGAUAUCCCCAUCCACGCAUUCUUACCCUCCCACACUACCUUCGCAUCCAGCAGCUCGUUCCCCGAGAAGAUCAAUAUCGUCGCAAACAUCAGAAUCUAGACGUGUAUCGGCUGGGGUUCCGACAACUGCCAUGGACAUUGAUGGGCCCAUAUAAUCCUGUCACAAAGAUGGGCCAGUACAGAUAGAGGGGAUCUCUUGAGCAAUCAUGAGGACUGCCUGCAUGACUUGCACUGUUUUCUUGAGUUGUAAACAUACAGCAAUAGUCCCUUCAGAUCAUGUAUGCAUCUGCUCUUGCUCCCUGG